CGGCCAAUGGGGAAGAGGAGCAGAGUUUCGGUGAAGAAUUUGAACCGAGUCGCGGAAAGCAGCGGACAGACAGAGGACGCUUCGAUAUAUAGCUUGAAACUACCAUCUUUAUGUAGUUUCAGUGUGGUUUAAUUAAACAAACCUAUUUUAGACAACACUUUUUUAUUUUUAUUUAACCUGUGUUGGCUUUUUUCGGUGGACCGUGACCAUGAGGAGGAGUGAAAUCCAUGCUGCGGAGUCGGUAGAAUGUCUGACUCGAGCCCUUAACCGGUUGAAGGACAUCUGGGAGGAAAUAGGAAUUCCAGAAGACCAGAGACUACAAAGGACUGAUGUGGUUAGGAAACAUAUCAAAGGCUUGCUGGACAUGAUGAUUGCUGAGGAGGACAGUCUAAGGAAGAGAUUGAUGAGCAGCAUAGAAUCCUGUCGUAAAGAGCUGGAUGUUCUGUGUACUGAGCUUCAACUAUCCCCAUUUGAGGAGGACGAGGGGAGGACGAUGCUGCAGCUGGAGAAGGACAUCAGGUCACGCCUGGAGGUGAUGAUGAAACAGAAGAGUCAGAGGGUUAAGGAGCUGAAGAGACUGUCCAAGCAGGACCGGGAGCUGUGUGACAUCAUGUGUUCAGUCCCCUUCUGUAUCGACAUGGACACGGUCCCGUCCCUGGGGCAACUGGACAGCUAUCGCUCUUACCUCAACGAUCUCACUAAAGAGAAGGAUCGUCGCCACGGUGAGUUUGUGGGUAUCAAGCGUCGGAUCAUCGUGUGUAUGGAGGAGCUGGACCAGCUGCCAGACACCAGCUUUGAGAGGGACGUGGUGUGUGAGGACGAGGAGGCCUUCUGUCUGUCCGGCGACAACAUUGCAGCUCUCCGACUGCUGCUGGGACAGCUGGAGGAUCGUAAGACCGAGAAUGAGUUGGUGUGUAACUCCUACCGCAGUAAGAUCCAGGAGCUGUGGGAGAGACUGCAGGUCCUCCAGGAGGAACGAGAGGGCAUGUCUGAUCACAUGGUGCAGUCCAGGAAGAGAAACAUGGACGCUUUGGAAGCAGAGUGCAGGCGCCUGGAUGAGCUGAAAAUGAAGAACAUGAAGAGUGUGAUAGAAGCCAUCAGGGCCGAGGUGGCUCUGUUCUGGGAGAGGUGUUUCUACAGCCUGGCGCAGAGACGGGCCUUCACACCCUACUAUGACGUUGACUUCACCGUGGAGCUGCUCAACCUACAUGAGGCGGAGCUGCUGAGUCUGAAGAAGCAUUACGAAGACCACCGGGAGCUGUUUGAAGGAGUAACCAGAUGGCAAGACAGCUGGACUCUGUUCCUACAACUGGAGAAAAAGGUGACGGAUCCUUCUAGAUUCAACAACCGAGGCGGGAACCUACUCAAAGAGGAGAAGCAGAGGGCCGACCUGCAGAAAAGCCUGCCAAAGUUGGAGAAGAGCCUGAAGACCCAGGUAGAUCUAUGGGAAGAGGAGCAGUCCAGAGAGUUCCUGGUUAACGGACAACGGUUUCUCCAGUACGUUGAGGAGCAGUGGGAACUACUGCAGCUGGAGAAGGAGAGGGGGAAGAAUGAGAGGCAACUGAAGAAGAACCAGCAGAUUGAACAUGACCUGCUGUAUGGUACUGUUCAACGAACCCCCUCCAAAAGACGCCUUGCAGGGACUCCUACUCCUGGCAAAGCAAGAAAGCUCAAUGCCGCUAGCAGUAUCUACGGCUCUACUCCUAACGGCACCUUACGUUCUGCCUUCGGGGGAACCUUGUGUCAGUCUCCGGCCCUCAGACUACCCAUGUCUGCCAGCAAGCUUCCUCUGAGGACCCCGAGUUGUGUUGGAAGAACCCCCCGUACGGUGGAGAGGAACAAGGAGAACAUCUCCCACCUGAACGGACCGGCUCUGAGCGGUUAUCACCUACCCAACCAACCAAUCAUCGACCCAGCAACACACAAGCCAAUCAAAGAUGAGUGGCGACGUCUUUCUGUGUGUCCAGUGAGAGAAUAGCACCAGGUUUUCUAUUCAACAGUCUGUAACAGAGUGGUAAUAUGUUUAAGUGAAAGCUUAGCAUGCUAUCGUGGACACCUGGACUAGUUCCUGUUUCUCUGUCACCAUUUUUUGAAAAAUGUAUUUAUUUAACUGGGCAAGUCUGUUUUUAAGAACAAAUUCUUAUUUACAAUGGUGGCCUCUGGGACUCCCAAUCACGGCCGGUUGUGAUACAGCCUGGAAUCAAACCAGGGUCCGCUGCGGCACUCAGGAGACCCCCAUCUAACUCUACAUUCUAGUUCAGAAGGGUUUUUUGUCAACAUUGAAUCCACCUCUAUUGCUGAAUGAAGGACCGUUUUAUUUAAAACUCCAUAACAGUGAGGCUCAACAUGCUAAGUCGCUAACCAAGAGUGCGACUGCGAGCCUGGUCUGGGUCGGUUGGCCUAACCAUCUUGUGAGGAGCAAUUUGUUACAAUUUAUUGAAGAUCAAACGAACACUUUGUUGAUCUGGACUGUGUGUUGCUAGGGAGGGGGGGGGGGGGUUCAGUUUUAAUAUGGCGUCACAUUUAUUUAUUCCAUUCCCACACCUCACCAAAUGUGAUCAGUUGAUCGACCAAUAAGAGUGUUCCAAACCUCUCAGCCAAUAACAGCUAGUUUUCAGUUUCCCCACUCAGACCACUCCCAGACAGUCCAAGCAAAAUUCUUGCUUGUGAAAUUGCUCUUUGCGAAGAAGCUAUUUUUUUUUUUGUUUUCUUUUUGACCAUUUUUUAAUUGAAAAACAAUCACAGUAAGGGACUUAAUUGUUAACUAGAAAUGAUUUGAUGUUGAGGUGAAACGGCUGCAAUAGACAUCCAUGUUUGUUCAUUGUCUUCUAUCCUCUUCAACGUUAAUCUGCUUGGCUUUUGUUCUACACUCUUUAAUGGGAAGUUUCAUUUGAUCACUUUUGGUGUAAUUUUCACGACUCAAAAGCACAUUUUAAAAUGGCUCGUGUUUAACUCUACGCACAUUUUUCAAACAAACGCUUUGUUCACUGCACCAAAUCACUUUUAGGUUGGCUACAUAUUCAAUCUUUGGCGAUCUGCUUUUCAAAAUGCAAUAUUCACUUUUUACAUUUUGUUCUUAUUGAUUAUGAAGUGCCUAUUUUUAAGUUUGAUAACUGUUUGAAUACUAAAAGUCAAUAUUUUUACCUUUUUAUGUAUCAAUUUGACAAAUUUGUUGGAAGGUAAAAAAUCAUAUGAUAUAUGGAUACGGAUGUAAAUUCUACAUCCUCAACCAGCCAGUGUGCUUCAUUAGGACACAGGGGGCAGUCAACGCUAUGCUACCAUUUUAAAAUUGGUGUACACUGUACUGGUGAAACACACCUGGGUUUGUACAUGAUAUAUUCCAACUCGCCUGAAUGUCACUGAAAGCGGAUGCAUUUCAAGCAGAGGUUGUGUGAUUACCGUAUCGGUUGACGAAGUCUUGUUGGGAAGGUGAUAUUGUACAGUGUUGCAUUAUUUAACUAGGCAAGUCAGUUAAGAACAAAUUCUUAUUUAUUAUUUUUCAAUGACGGCCUAGGAACAGUGGGUUAACUGGUUUAGGAACAGUGGGUUAACUGCCUGUUCAGGGGCAGAACGACAGAUUUGUACCUUGUCAGCUCGGGGAUUCGAACUUGCAACCUUUCGGUUACUAGUCCAACGCUCUAACCACUAGGCUACCCUGCCGCCCCGUAUCGGUUGACAAAGUCAUGUUGGGAAGGUGAUCUUGUUCAGUGUUGCAUGGGGCAGAAAGGGCUUAACGCCAGGCUGUGUAUUUUUAUUUUUACAGUAGCUGACUGCUUUUACAAUACCUCUUCUGAUCAUUUGUCCUACAUACAGUAUGUACUAUAUAACUACAAUGAAACUAAGACUGAAAUAUUCCUUAACCUGCUCACAACCUGCCAUUUGGAUACAUUAUUUAUAAAAAAUAAUAAUUGAGUGUCAAAUACUGUGUGGGGGGAAAAAUAUGCAUGCAUGUCAAAAUAACAUUUUUGAAAUGUGUAUCUUGUAUUUUGUUUGCUAUUGGAUUAAAUGGUAGUUUUAAAAUGA